AUGAAUAACCCUGAUCUUUAUAGCUUACUUCAAGAAUUUCAAAAUAAUAGUGUUUCAGAUAAUAAUAGCAUAAAUAACUCACCAGCCAAUAACAAUACCAAAAAUACUAAUCCAUCUGAAGACUUUACAUUUGCACCACCUUAUCCAAAUAAUAACAAUAAUAAUAUGACUCAAGAAGAUAGAGACAUUACUGAAAACAAUUCAGAUUAUAAUAGUAUAGUUGCAUCAGUUGGUAGCAGUAAUAAUAAUGAUAGUAUCAAUAAUGAUAUAACAAUUAACACUACUACAACAACUACCACUACAUCUAAUACUUCUCAAACCUUAUCACCUGCUCAUUCGCCAAGCUCAUCUGUUGAACAACCAUCCCAACCAUCACAAUCUCCACAAACAUCACAAACAUCACAAACAUCACCAACAUCAUCUUUAUCUAAUGGCUCACAACCAUAUCAGUUACCAACUACUUUUAGCUAUCCAACCCAACUUAAAUCUCCAUAUUUAAAUAAUGCUUUUACUCAUACAAAUAGUAUUAGCAGUAAUAAUAAUAAUAAUAAUAAUAAUAAUGAAACUGUACAACAAUUUAAUCAAAUUCAAAAGAAUUAUACCAGUAUUGAAAGUAUGCUUAAAGAAAUUCUUACUGUAGUACAAGCUAAUCAAUCAAAAAUUUCUGAAUUAGAAUCAGAAGUUAAAUUAUUAAAAGAAGAACAAAAAUUAUUAUUAGAAAGACAACAACCACAGCAACAGCAACAACCACAACAAUCACAAUCACAACCCCAACAAACACAACCACAACAACACCAACAAGUUCAACAACCACAAUAUCAACAUCUUGCUCCAAAUAAUGGUUUCCCACCACACUUUUCUGAACAACAACAAUCACAACAACAAUCACAACAACAACAACCACAACAACAACAAUCACAACCACAACAAGUUCAACAACCAAUUUAUACAUUCCAACCACCAUUCCAAGUUAAAAACAUUCCAUUUACCUAUCAACCACUUCCACAACAACCUCCACAACCACAACAACCUCCACAACCACAACAACCCCCACAACCACAAUCUCCACAACCAAACUACAGCCCACAAGCAAACAAUAGUCAAUUUGUAAGAGAUGCACCACCAAGUUUCCAACAACAACCACAACAACCAAAUAACAAACCACCAGUUGGACAACCAAUGGUAAUGCCAGUUCAAAAUAGCUCAUUCAUUUCCUCAUUAUAUCCAGGCCCAGGUCAACAACAACCAGGUCAACAACAACAACAACCAGGUCAACAACAACCAAGCCAAUCACAACAACAACAAUAUAGACCAGUUACAUCAUCACCAUCAUUAAGUGGUUCACAAUAUCAAGUUCAACAACCACCACAACAAACCAGACCAAUCCAAACACCACAACAGCCAACAUCUAGUGUUCUCCAUCAAUGCCCAAUGUGUGGAAAUAAAUACCCAGAGAAUGAAAUUAAUGCUCAUGUUAAUAGCCAUUUAGAUGAACCAUCCCCAUCUCCAUCUCCACCACCACAAACAAACAACUCUAGAAGCGCUGGAGCUUUUUUUUACCCAGGACUUUCCAGAAAGAAUUAAACAUAUUUAGAAAAUCAUAACUCUUUUUUUUAAUCAACAUCUUAUACAUAUCCAAAAAAUAUGUAUUUCUGUAUAAUUUUCAUGAAAAUUUAAUAUUCUUUUAAUAUAUAAUAACAAUAAUAAAAUAAAUAACUCUUUUUUUUUAUAUUU